CUUGUUUCCAUUUGCUCCCUUCUCGAAGUAUCCGAAAGUCAUUAUGAAUUUUUGUGAAAUCAAUAAAAUGAAAUAAAAACAGAUGAAGGCAGAAGUUGUGUUUGCCAGCCUUUACAUAGGCUACAUGUUGAACAUCUUUGCCAAAAGGUGUGUGACGUUUGCCUUGCCGGACAUUAUCAAGUCAGAAGGUUUCAGCAAAGAUGACCUUGGAAUGAUCCUGAGUGGUCAGAUGUUGGCAUAUGCCAUAGGAAAGUUUGUCGCCGGUCUGCUGAUUGACAGUGUUAGCCCAGCGCUUGUUUUAUCGCUGGGCUAUAUCUGUUCUGGUGUCACUGUACUGUUGUUUGCAAGUGUCCCAAAGUCGAUGUGGUUGUAUGCGCUGCUAUGGAUACUGAAUGGUUUUGCGACCAGCCCUGCCUGGCCUUCUUCAGCUGUUAUUAUGAAGAAGUGGUUCAGUCCGGAGCAGUUUGGUACCGCCUGGAGCCUUCUGUCCACCUCUAUUAACAUGGCAGGCACUCUUGGACCCCUGCUCACAGCUUUCCUGGCCACGUACUCGGGCUGGAGGUCCAGUCUAUUGCUGCCAGGCUCGUUGUUGCUAGGAUUUGGCUUUCUUACGCUAAUCUUCAUGAAGAAUGCUCCUGAAGGAAGCAGCCAUGAACAUCUGGACAAGGGCAAGCCAAGUGAGAACAGCAAGACUAAAGAAGCUUCAGAUACCAUGUCAAAACGAGAUUUGUUUUGGUUGCCUGGUUACCGCGGCAUCUGUUUCACAUAUCUAAUCAUCAGCACUGUGCAAUUUGGGACCAUGCAAUGGGGCCCUGUCUACCUAGUUCAGGAUCUUGGUCAUUCCAUCAUAGUUGGUAAUAGUUUCAUCAGCAGCCUUGAGAUUGGCGGCAUUUGUGGAUCAGUGAUCGCUGGUUAUAGCUCAGAUCAUUUCCUUACCAAGUGGAAAAGCAGGAAAUUGGCCAGCAGGUUUUCUCGCCAGUAUGUUAUUGGAUUGUUUGCCCUUGGACUCGCCAUAUUUUUGAAUCUUCUAAAAACCUGUGUAACAAGUUCCUCAUCAAUGAUAUGGAUAAACAUCAUUGGGUUUGGCAUUGGAAUGACACUUUACGGCCCAAUAUCAGUGUUAGGGUUAGCAGCCAUGGAAUGUGCGCCGGAGAAAAUGGCAGGAACUGCACAUGCUGUCGUCUGCUUGUUUUCAAAUUUUGGUCAGACAAUAUCGGGGUAUCCACUGAGUCUCUUACUGACAUGGAUCAGCUGGCAAAGUGCCUGCAUGAUACAGAUGAUCUUUGUCAUCCAAGUGGCUGUUUAUCUUCUAGUCAACACAACGUAUAGCUUCAAACAAGCUUCCAGUUCACCCAAAAGUGAUUGAUAUUAGUGUUUCACAAAGCUUCAUCAUUUCCUACGUAUUACUUUCAUUUUCUGACAGAAUAAUUGAUAAUGUGUAUACAAAUAGUUUUAAGUUUAAUCAUAAAAAUCACAUGCUAUACACCACAAACUAGAAACAGGUUGUAUGUUAUGUGAACACUAUUUUAAACGUUUGUGUAUUUUUUUAAAUUCACCAUUUUAAACGUUUGUGUAUUUUUUUAAAUUCACCUCAGCACAACCUGCUCAUGGUCAGCGUUUCUGAUCGCGUGUUGUCAGUCGUUUGUUUUCCAUCAUAUGUCGUCAGUAUUUGCCUUUUUAACACUAACAUAUUAAUUGUACAAUCUACAUGAAACUUUGUGAAAAGAUUUGCCCCUAUGAUAUCUUGGCCGUGGCAAAAACAGGGUCAUGUGGGGAAAAAACUAAGUCACUAGGUUAAAUUAAAAAAUAAGCUUGUUAACACCCUAGACGUCAUAAGUAUAGUCAUCUUCAUGUAACUGGAUCAGAAAAUUGGUUUUUAUGAUAUCUCUGGAGAGUUUAGCAAUGGUUUCUGUUUACUGAAAUACAUGGCUUCCAGGGGCGGGCAGUUUUUCUUAUAUGGCUAUAGUGAAACCUUGUUAACACUAUAUACGUCAUUUAUUUGUCCAAUCUACAUGGAACUUUUUCAGAACAUUUAAUGGUGCUUUAAUGGUGUCUCAACCGAGUUCCAAAAUGGUUGUGGUCCAUUAAAAAAUUCCUUGCUUUAGUUGCUUGCAGGGUGGUGGUGCAGUUUUCCUUAAAUUGAUAUUUAAUUUCCUUAAAUUAAAGUUAUACCCUCUAGAAGUCACACUUUUAGUCAAAUCAUCAUCAAACUUGGUCAGAACAUUUUUUCUAAUGAUAUGAUGGCAGAGUUUGAAAAUUGUUCCAGUUUGUUUAUAAAUAUGACUGCCUAGAUAUGGGGCAUUUGUCCUUAACUGGUUCUAUUUAAAACUUGUUGUCCCCUACCGGAUUCACCGGAGGGGACUUAUGGUUUUCGCUCUGUGUGUCGGUCUGUCCGUCAGACCAUCGGUCUGUCAGUCUGUCACACUUUUCUGGAUUCUGCGAUAACUUUUAAAGUUCUUCAUAUUUUUUCAUGAAACUUGUACAUGUACAGAUGGCAAUAUGGAGAUUAUGCACAUCAUUUCAUUUUGUUCCUAAGUCAAGAAUUCUGGUUGCUAUGGCAACAAAUAGAUUAGAAAUACUGCUGAAAAUGGUGGAUCCUGCACACUUUUCUGGAUCCUGCGAUAACUUUUUAAAAGUUCUUAAUAUUUUUUCAUGAAACUUGCAACAUGGAUAGAUGGCAAUAUGGACAGCAUGCACCUCAUUUUAUUUUGUUCUUACGUAAAAAAUUGUGGUUGCUAUGGCAACCAUAAAAAAUUAUAUAUAUAUUUCUGAAAAUGAUGGAAUUUCUGAAAAUGGUGGAGCUGGUAGGGGACCAUAUUGCUUGACAAUAGCAUUGUUUUCUCUCAAGGAGUCACAUUUAUUGUCCAAUCUUCAUAAAACUAAGUUAGACCACUUGUUUCUCUUGUUCCUUGGCUCAGUUUGAAAACGGUCCCAGUCCAUAAAAAUAACAUGGCCGCUAGUAGGUGCUGCAGUUUUCAUGAUGUCUUUUGUAUCACCAACCCAUACCAAACAAUCUUACUCGACAGGGGGUCCGAUAUAUUUUAAAAUUUGCCAGACCACACCAGAUUUUUCAGGACCUCAUUCUUCUUUUACCAAACAAUAGAAAAAACGUUGUUAAAUGUUUAACACUUCUUAAUACAAUAAAAUAACAACACAAUUCAAUCCUGUUAUAUUAAAACAUAUGGUUAAACUUUCAGUUAAAAGUGAAGUAAACCGCUUUGAUUUUUUGUAUUCAUUAUAGGUCAUUAUUUACUUAUUUACUUUUGCUUUAUUUUUAAAUUCCCUUCACUUGGAGUUUAAAUUGUUACGUCUCCAGCAAAAAAGCCAGUUCCACUGUUGUUAAAAUCCUCUUAAAUAUAAAGUUUAAUAAUCUAUAUAUAGGAUCCUGCAUGAGUGGUCGUUUUGUAUAUAAUUUAUUAAACAAGUCAUCUAAAUAAAGAUAAAAAAGAGGCUUGCCGAGUUUUUAUCUUUAUUUAGAUGAAGAGUUUAAUGAAUUCAAUACAAAAUGACCACGAAUCUAAGACUCUAUUUAUAACAUGACCAACUAAUUUUCUUUUUAUUUUAUGCUCUUUUCACCGAUUUUUCACAUUGUAAAAGAGUUUAACUGAAGAAAUUCGCUGGAAUAAUGAUGUCAUUUCGUAAAAAAAAUAUACAUCAUUUCACAGUUAUAUAACUAACACUAAUAAUUUUACCCCUGUGACCUUGACCUUGAACUUAGGGUCCGCGUUGAGGUUUCGAAAACUGCGUUUAGGUUUCGAAAAAUGCUCAUAACUUCUAUGUCCCUUGAGAUAUAACCUUCAUAUUUGGUAUGCAUGUGUAUAUAGACCGUGACCUUGAACUUGGGGUCCGCGUUAAGGUUUUGAAAUCUGCGUUUAGAUUUUGAAAAAUGCUCAUAACUUCUAUCAAAGCGUUUAUAGGGGGCAUAUGUCAUCAUAUGGUGACAACUCUUGUUUGUUAUAUUGUUUUAUUGAUACCUUGUUUAUAGUCUAGAAGUUACAUUUGAAGCUCUGUCAUCAUAAAACAUGCUCAGAAAAUGUGUUAAAAUGAUAUCUUUGCUGGUUCCAGUCUGUUUAAAAUCAUGGCGCCCAGCGGUUGUGGCAAUUUUCCUUAUAUGGCUAUAUUGAAACAAAGUUUCUAAUGAAGUCUUAAUUUGUUCCAACCUUUUUGAAAAUUGCUCAUAAUGUUUAUUCUUAUGAUACAGGUUAUGGAUUAACAUGACCACAACUCCAAAUUUCUCAUUUUAUAGAAUUACUUAAAUAAUAAUUGCCAUUAAUUAAGAUUACUUUUUGAGCCCUAAUCAAUAGUUGUUAACUUAGUGAAACAACAAAAACUGUUUCAUAUCAAUCUUAUUUGACAUUUGGUCUAAUAUAAAUGGUGUGUUAUUGGAAUCUUUCUAUUUGAUCUAUGAAUAAAUCACAAGUGACCUUUGGAGCUUUUUAUAGAAAACCUCUUUUGCUUGGAGAGACAAGGAGCUACUGGCUAAUUGAGUAACCUCUAAAAAAUAUAAGUUUAAAUAUCUCCUAUAAUAAUUUGUGUUUGAAAUAUUUAAUUACCAUUAUUUGUAUGCUCCCCGAAAUAAAAUUUCAGCGGAGCAUAUACAUGUAGUUUCCAGUUUGUCCUUCCGUACUAACGUAUGUCACACUUUUGUUACAGUUUCUCAUAGCGCCUUCACUAUUUUACCGAUCUCUUACAUAUUAUUUGGCAUGUAGGUACCUUGCAUGGACCUCUACCUUUUGAUGAGGUUUGAGGUCACUGAGUUCAAGGUCAAGGUUACCAAGGCUAAUAAUAAUAGAUUUUCCGUCACACUUUUGUUACAGUUUCUCAUAGCGCCUUCAAUACUUUACCGAUCUCUUUCAUAUUUGACAUGUAGGUACCAUGCAUGGACCUCUACCUUUUGAUGACGUUUGAUGGCACUGGGGUCAAGGUCACCGAGGCAAAUAAUAGAUUUUCCGUCACACUUUUGUUACAGUUUCUCAUAGCGCCUUUAAUACUUUACCGAUCUAUUUCAUAUUUGACAUGGUGGUACCUUGCAUGGACCUCUACCUUUUGAUGAGGUUUGAGGUCACUGGUUUCAAGGUCAAGGUGACUGAGGCUAAUAAUAGAUUUCCGUCACACUUUUUUACAGUUUCUCAUAGCGCCUUCAAUACUUUACUGAUCUCUUUCAUAUUUGGCAUGUAGGUACCUUGCAUAGACCUCUACCUUUUGAUUAGGUUUGAGGUUACUGGGGUCAAGGUGAAGGUCACCGAGGCUAAUAAUAGAUUUCUUUAGGUGGUUAUUAACACAUAGAUUGACAAAGCGCAUCAUCGGGGAGCAUCCGUCAGUUUCACUGAUAUUCUUGUUCCACAACAAUUUGCAUAAAAAUGAAUUAUUUCUAUUCAAAAACUAUUGUUAAUCUUUUGGAGUCAACCGUCUUAGUCUCGUCAGGUCAAAGGUGAGCGCCCAUGUACCGCUCGUUUUUGUAUGUGGUUAUUGUGGAUGUAAAUAUACAUGUGAAUGCUUUUAGUUUUAGUCGUGGUGUGUUUUUCUCUCUUUAUAUUUGACUAUUAAUUGAAUAAACAUUUAUGAUA